UUCUUCGAGAUUCACAACUUCUCCGUCCAUUCCUCAUCUCUACCAAGACAUGGCCCAACAGACGGUAACACAAAGCACCAAGCUCGGAGGGACGGCCUCCAACGUCUCCGUCGGCGUCGUAGCCCACGGAUUGAUGAUGAUGACGUGGACUCCCAACCCCGUACCAGACGAGCAAGCGUUCGAGGCUAUCAAAGCCGGAGUUGAUGCCCUUCCUCCUGGUACCAAGAUGAUCUUGAACAGCGGGGAGUUCUAUGCCCAGGACUUUGGCACGGCCAACCUCGAGCUCCUCUCCCGUUUCUUCGCCAAGUACCCUGACUACGCCGAUAAGACGUUCUUAUCUGUCAAAGGCGGGAUUGAUUGGACCAAGCGAGGGCCCGACGGCUCCCUCGAGUUCCUCAGAAAGAGCGUGGACAACAUCCUCAAAGCUCUCGGACCCAACAAGAAACUGGAUCUCUUCGAGCCAGCACGGAUUGAUCGCAGCAUCCCCGUCGAGGAGCUCACCCAGCACCUCGUCACCCUCCUCAAAGAGGGCAAAUUCGACCACAUCGGCUUGUCCGAGUGCAAUGCGAAUACUCUUCGUAAAGCUCAUGCUGUUCACCCGAUUACGGCUGUGGAGAUUGAAAUCAGCCCUUGGUCGUAUGAAGAUAAGACCAAGGAUGUCAUCGCUACGGCUAAAGAACUUGGAAUCACGGUUAUCGCAUACUCGCCCCUCGGAAGAGGAUUCCUCACAGGACAAAUCAAGAGUUCCUCAGAUCUUCCCCCUGGCGACCACCGUGCCUCUCUCACCCGUUUCCAGGAGGAGAACAUCAAGCACAACAUGGCAAUCGUCGAUGCCUUGGUAGGGAUCGCGAAGAAGAAAGAAAUUACCCCUGCGCAGCUGUCGAUUGCUUGGGUGAGACACCUCGGUCCACAUGUUAUCCCUCUUCCUGGUUCCUCGAAGUCUUCGCGGACUUUGGAGAACCUCAAAGCGGGCGAUAUUCAGCUCUCAGAUGCUGACCUCGACGAGAUCAACAAGGUCAUUGCGACUCACCAGGUGAAGGGUGACCGAUACUUUGGGCAAUCCGAAGAGGAGAGUCAUCUCUGGGGAUGA